AUGAAGGAGUAUGCUAGUGAGAGUGCCACUGGAUACACACACAUGUCAGGUGGUGCUGUGUACAACUUGAACAUGUCCUGUGGUACAGAAAACUCUGAUACUCCAUCGAGGAAUGCUCGUACAAGUACCACUGGACACACAGAUAUGUCUUGUGAUACUGUGUCCACGGGCAUGUCUUGUGGUACUGAAUACUCCGAUCACAAUAGUCUACCAUUGAUUGACCGAACCCCUCACAGGAAUUUGACAGGAAAGGAGGAGAUAGAGAUUGAAUUCACCUCAUUUGCAUUACAGAUUGCAGAGGGGAUGAGAUAUCUUCAUUGUCAAAAGUGCCUGCACCGUGAUUUGGCUGCUCGAAAUAUUCUGGUGGUAGAGGAAGGCGGGGAGAUCACCCUCAAGAUAUCGGACUUUGGUCUGACGAGACAGUCGACUGGUGCAGAAUACUAUCGGAUGGUUCAGACCCAAAUCCCAGUAAAAUGGACGGCCCCUGAAACCAUCAGUUCGAGGAAAUUCACCCGGAAGAGUGAUGUGUGGUCCUAUGCCAUCACCCUGUUCGAGAUAUUUUCCGGUGGUGAGGAGCCGUACGUUGGACAGACUUGGGCCGAGAUUUACCCACAAAUUGCUGUCAACAAGUACCGAUUGAUGUACCCGAAGUAUACCACCCCUGAAAUCAAAAUUCUGAUGGAUUGGUGCUGGAAAGAAGAUCCAGCGCAACGGCCUGAAUUCACCGAGAUUGUGGCAUUCCUUGAACGUAAUCAGCUGCCAUGUGAUGUUGCAGAGACAUCUGUGUAG